UGUAAGAGCCAUGAAGCCUCAUCUGAGGGGAAUUAUGCGCUCCCUUCCUCGCCUUCUACACCAUGUUUGCUUUUUCCUUGCCGUGCCCCGCAUCCUUCUGCUCCGCGGCCAGUCGUCGCCUGAGGCAAGGGCCGGACAGGGCCUGCUGCUCUUCACCUCGCCCGCCUACAACGCCUCCAUCUUUGAGAACUCUGCGGCGAGAACCUACGCCAGGAGCGAGACCAAGAUGGGGAUCGCUCUGAGGCCGUCGCCCCGGUCUUUCGACGUCCGGUUUUCCAUUGAAUCCGGGGACAGCGAGGGCAUCUUCCAGGUGGAGGAGUUCGCGAUGGGAGAUUUUUGUUUCCUCCGCAUUCGCACAAACAGCGGCGCCACGUUGAACCGGGAGGUGCAAGACAACUACACGCUGACGGUCAAGGCAUCCGCCCAGAGAGGCAUGGAGGCGUUAAGUACAGUUUAUAUAAAAGUCCUGGACACUAAUGACCUGCGACCACUCUUCUCCCCGACCUCCUAUUCCUUUGUGGUGUCCGAGAGCGCCCCCCUGGGUGCCAGCAUCGGCCGCGUGACAGCCACGGAUGCCGACUUGGGCUCCAACGGGGAGUUUUACUACUUCUUCAAGAAUAAAGUGUCCCUCUUUGCCGUGCACCCGACCAGCGGCGUCGUCACACUGACAGGCCAGCCCAGGAUUGAUAAGCAAGAGCGCUUUGAGCUGGAAGUGCAGGUGGUGGACAGGGGCAUGAAGCUCUACGGCAACAACGGCAUCAGCAGCACCGCCAGACUUGUCGUAACCAUAGUGCAGCUCAAUGAGUUCGCACCUUUUCUUAGUGCGCUGGCCGUCGUUCCGCCCUGGUCUGAUAAGAACCCGGUUGUUGCCAAAGUGACGGUGGAAGAUAAAGAUGAGGGGGUCGGCGGAUACGUAGACUGGGUGUCCAUCAUUGAUGGCGAUCCGCUUGAGCAGUUUGUGAUUGAACGAUCGCCUCUGGAAAAUGAGUACUGGGUGAGAACCCCAGAACAGGUGGACUGGGACAAAUACCCGUAUGGUUGCAACCUAACCUUUCAGGCUAAAGACAGAGGCGCCCCACCAAAGUUUUCCAACACUGAAAUGGUUCGGUUGCUGGUUGCAAAGCCAGAAUCCGUGUUAAAGAGUUUUGAGAAAGACGUUUAUGAAGUGGUGCUGAGUGAAAUUUCUCCCCCGGGGACUUUUGUAGAGGUGGUGAAAAUCUCCCCUCCUCCCGCGAGCGUCAAUUACAGCUUUAGCAGCCUCUCAGAGCUAAUGUACUUUGAUAUAAAUCCCUUAACUGGCGUUAUUAUGACCUCCAGGCAUCUGACAAGGAUAUCACAGAUUUUCAUGGAGAUGGAAGUGCUCGACGCUGUCAGCCAGCUGAGAGCAAAGGUCCGAAUCACAGUCGAGGAUGCUAAUGAUAACUCUCCAGUGUUCAGCCGGCCGUUUUAUGACAUAUCCAUCAAUGAAAGCUUAGCUGUCGGCACUGUUGUUCUGGUUGUGUCCGCUGUGGAUGAUGACAAAGGGGAGAACGGCUACAUCACUCACACAAUCAGCGGCCCGCGGUGGCUACCUUUCAUCAUAAACCAGAGCACGGGGGAGGUGAGGAUCACACGAGACCUGGACUUUGAGUCGACAGGGGACAUUUAUAAGUUUGCGGUACGGGCCUCGGACUGGGGUUCGCCCUACAGAAGAGAGAGUGAAGUCAACGUAACGGUUCGUUUAAUGAACAUAAACGACAACCCGCCUGUCUUUGAGAGGGUUUCAUGCAGAGGAAUGAUAGGUCGAGAGUUCCCCGUCAGCAAGACCAUUGUCACGCUGUCCGCCGUGGACAUGGACGAGCUGGGUAUGGUGAAGUACAAACUGGUCUCAGGAAACGAGUUGGGCUACUUCAACUUGAACGCAGAGUCUGGCGCUUUGUCACUGAAGCGGUCGUUAUCAGCGGCCAAUUUAAAAAGCGGGAUGUUCAACUUGAAAAUAGUCGCCACAGACGGAGAGUUCUUCUCCGAGCCGAUGUUUGCGAACGUAUCCGUAGGGAGGGGCUCGGUGCCACCAAGGGGACUUAACUGUAAGGACACCCAGGUGGCCCAGAUAAUGGCGGAGAAAAUGCUGUCGAAGGCUUCGGCUACGGCACAAGCAACACAGGACGAGAGAAGUCCGGACAUAUUCUCUACGAACAAACAGGCUCCGCAGUUUGAGGCCUUGCCGACAAGUAUUCUGGUUAGGGAGGACCUCGCGCCCGGGGCUAGUGUUUUCCAGGUGAGGGCGCGGGACGACGACGUGGGCUACAACGGCCGAAUCCUCUUUUCCAUAUCGAACAGAGACAAAGAAAACUGUCUGACUAUCAACAUGGACGACGGCUUGCUGACUGUCCUGCAGCCGCUGGACCGUGAGCGAACCGACCGCUACUUCCUCAACAUCACCAUCUAUGACCUGGGCAUCCCCCAGAUGUCGAACUGGAGGCUCCUGACCGUCAUCGUGGAGGACGCCAACGACAACGACCCAGAGUUUACCCAGGACGCCUUCUCGGCCCUCGUCGCUGAAAACGCUCCCGUGGGUUCAGAGGUCCUCGCCGUCACUGCAUUUGACAGAGACACGGGUCAAAACGCGCAGCUAUCCUACAGUUUGCUGACCAGCGUGCCUCAGUUCGGCAUCGACAGCGAGACGGGGAGCGUUUUCGUCGCCAGCAGCUUGGACAGGGAGAGCUUCCCGACGUUCACGUUGAAGAUUGAGGCCAGAGACAAGGCCGAAAGAGGCAACCGGAGGUCGUCCGUGACUACUUUGAACGUAAUCGUGGAGGACGUCAACGAUUGUGCGCCGUCCUUCAUCCCGAGCACUUACAGCGCUCGAGUCCCGGAAGACCUUCCGCCGGGGGCUGUCGUUACGUGGGUGCAGGCCAAGGACCCAGACGUCGGCCCUGGAGGACUCGUCAAAUACUCCUUGUCCAAUGAUUUCAACGGCACGUUUGAGAUAGAUGCUCUGAGUGGAGUGUUGAGGAUCAGGAAGGAGCUGGACUUUGAGAAGCAACAGUUUUAUAACCUCACCUUGCUGGCCGAGGACAGGGGAAAGCCCACACGCAGCAGUCAGACGUAUGUGGAGGUGGAGCUGCUGGACGUGGACGAGAAUUUGUACGCUCCGUACUUCCCCGACUUGGCCGUGAGAGGCUCGGUGAAGGAGAACUCUCGAGCGGGGACCAGCGUCCUGGCGCUCCACGCCAAGGAUGAGGACGGCGGGAGGGACGGUGCCUUGAAGUACUCCAUCCGAGGCGGCAGCGGCCUGGGCGCCUUCACCAUCGACGAGGACACAGGAGUGAUUUACACGUCAGGCGUCCUGGACUGCGAGAGCAAGGACUCCUAUUGGCUGAGGGUCUACGCCACAGACCGAGGGGUCUGGCCCCUGUCGGCGUCUGUGGAAGUCUUCAUUCAGGUGGAGGACGUGAACGACAACGCCCCCCUCACCUCGGACCCCAUCUACCACCCGGUGGUCCUGGAGAACUCGCCCAAGGACGUGUCGGUCAUCAGGAUCCAGGCACAGGAUCCCGACCUGAGCGCCACUCCCAGUCGUCUGAGCUACCGCAUCACCGCCGGCAACCCCCAGAACUUCUUCUACAUCAACCCCAAGACAGGUCUGAUCACGACGACGGCGAGGAAGCUGGACAGAGAGCAGCAGGCGGAACACUUCCUGGAGGUGACGGUCCUAGACGGGCCGGUGACCACCCGCCAGUCCACCGUGUGGGUGAUGGUGCACGUGGACGACGAGAACGACAACCCGCCCGUCUUCCCGGAGUCAACCUACCGCGUCAGCUUGCCCGAGCGGGACCGCAGCAGGCGCGGCGAGGCCGUCUACCGGGUCUUCGCGCACGACCGCGACCUGGGCGCCAACGCCAACGUCAGCUACAGCAUCGUGGACGGCAACGGCGACGAGACGUUCGGCAUCGACUCGCGCACCGCCACGGUGUCGUCCAAGAGGGCGGUGGCGGCGGGCAGCUACUACGUCCUCACCAUCAAAGCGGAGGACGGCGGCGACCCCCCGCUGUGGACCACGGUCAAGCUCCACGUGGAGUGGAUCGGCAGGCCGGCGCCCUCGCCGCUGCCCCUGCUGUUCACGCAGAGGUGCUACAACUUCACCGUGGCAGAGACGGCCGCCGUGGCCCAGCCUGUGGGGGCGGUGGCUGUGGGGCAGUCCGACACCCCCGUGUGGUUCAACAUCGUGGGCGGACGAGUGGCGAGAGAAAUGUUCUACAUUCCGCAGAACGCGUGCGGGAGAAACUGCUCGCUGGACACAGGAAGCUUCGACAUGCAGUUUGACCUCCAAGUGGGCGUGGGCACAGUGGUGGUGGCCAAGCCGCUGGACGCCGAGGCGCAGGCCGUGUACAACAUGACCGUGCAGGUGACCGACGGCACAAACGUCGCCACGACGCAGGUGUUCAUCCGGGUCCAAGACAGCAACGACAACCCUCCGGUCUUCUCUCAGCCGGCCUACGACAUUAGCGUCUCAGAGGAUGUCCCCGUGGACACGGAGCUGCUGCGUGUUCGAGCGUCGGACUUGGACGAGCGCAGUCGGCUCAGUUACUCCAUUUACAGCAGCGUGGACCCGGCCAGCAUGAGGCUGUUCCGGGUCAACCCGGGCACGGGCGUGGUGUACACGGCGGACCGGUUGGACUACGAGACUCGAACGCAGCACAUCCUCACCGUCAUGGUCAAGGACCAGGAGUUCCCAUUCAACCGAGACCUGGCUCGGAUCCUGGUGGCAGUGGAAGACGCCAACGACAACAUUCCCUACUUUACCAGCACCGUGUAUGACGCCGUGGUCUACGAGUCUUCUGUUGUGGGCUCGUCGGUGAUGCAAGUCACAGCUCUGGACAAAGACAACGGGAUAAACGGACAACUCACCUACACCAUACAAGCAGGUAACACUUGGGGGCUGUUUGCCAUAAAUAACAGCACAGGUCUAAUCUUCAUCGACAAGGAGCUGGAUAUCACCUCGGUGGGCUUUUACACGCUCACCGUGCGAGUCGUCGACAGCGGAUUUCCUCCACUAAUGGCCUUGUGCUCCGUCCGGGUCUCCUUGAUGCUCUCCGACUUGUCCAAGCCCAAAUUCUCCCAAGAGGAGUAUCAGGCCGAGAUCAUGGAGAACAGCACCGCCGGGGCUUACGUGACCGCAGUUCGCGCCGUGAGCCACUCGUCGCUCAUUUAUGACAUCACCAAGGGCAACGAGGAAAACUGCUUCUCUAUUAAUCACCACACCGGCAUCAUCAGCACACGCAGACUCUUUGAUUUUGAGAAAACGCCGUCCUACUUACUGAUGGUCCGUGCUUUAAGCAUGGCGGGCGUGGAGGCCAGCGCCACAGUCGUCGUGCAGGUGGGGGACAUCAACGAUAAUGCACCUGUCUUCCGACAAUUAAGGUACGUGGGGGUGAUCAGUGAGGCGGCCCCACUCAACAGCGUGGUUCUGGCGGACGAUGGCAACCCUCUGGUGAUCCAGGCGAUCGACGAAGACCGCAAUCACAACGCCCUGCUGGUAUUCCAGAUUAUAGACGAGACCGCUCGCAUGUUCUUCAGCGUGGACCCUGGGACUGGUUCGAUCCGGACGAUUGCCAGUGUGGAUUAUGAGACCUUCCCUGAGUUUAUUUUCAGGGUUCAUGUCAGAGACAGCGGACAGCCUUCAAAAAGUGCUGACAGCCCUGCUGAAGUCGUCAUAAAGGUCAUCAAUAUCAACGACUCACCCCCAAAGUUCUCUCAGGACAUGUAUGAGACCAUCCUUCUCCUGCCUACCUACGUGGGAGUCGAGGUCCUACGGGUUGACGCGUAUGACCCGGACAUGAUUUUGGACUCUGACAAGUCCCCCACUCCUCAGCUGGUUUACUCCUUGGUGGACCGAAACCUGGAGCACUUCACAGUGGACCGCAGCAGCGGGGUUGUAACGGUUAUCAAUCAGAACCUCAGCAGGGACCGCUAUCGAUUCAACUUGAAGGUUUGGGAUGGCCGUUUCUCUAGCGUGACGUUGGUCACGGUGCUUGUCCGCCAAGCCGUCAACAGCGGCCUUUCCUUCACCUCCCCGCUCUACUCCGCCUCCGUUCGAGAGAACACUCGGAACCUGACCACACUCGCCGUGGUGAACGCCGUUGGCCACCGCCUUAAUGAACCACUCAGGUUCUCGCUGCUUAACCCUGGCGGUCUUUUCACCAUCCGGCCGACGUGUGGUGCGCUGCUAACCGCCGGAGUCCCCUUUGACCGCGAGGAGCGGGACAGUUAUGAGCUGGUCGUAGAGGUCCGUAAAGAGGACGAGGUACUAAAGGUGGCAAGGGUCAACGUCAGAGUGCAGAUUGAAGACGACAACGACAAUGCCCCAGAGUUUGUGAACCUCCCUUACUACGCCACAGUACAGGUGGAAGCAGAACCCGGGUUGUCUAUUUUCAGGGUGUCGUCCACUGACCGAGACUUGGGCGUAAACGGGCAGGUGACCUACAGCCUCAAAGAGCCACACAGAAACUUCCAGGUGAAUCCUGUGACAGGUGAGCUGAUGUUAAAGAGGGUGUUUGAAGCGGACUUGUCGAAUGCAGAGUACAAGGUGGUCAUCGUGGCUGCGGAUGGUGGCGCCCCCUCCCUGUCCAGCGAGGUGGAGCUUCCAAUCACGGUGCUCAAUAAAGCCAUGCCAGUGUUCGACAAGCCCUUCUACGGCGUCACGGUCCCGGAGGACAUCGCCGUGUCGACCUCGCUCCUGAGCGUCAACGCCACCAGCCCCACCGGCCAAGGCAUCAUCUUCACCCUCGCAGGCGGCGACCCUUCGCUCCAGUUCGACAUCGGCUUCGACACGGGCGUCAUCAGCGUGCUCUACCCUCUGGACUACGAGACCACGCAGUACUACCGCCUCACCGCCAGGGCCACCGACACACUGACGGGGGCCAAGUCCGAGGUGGACGUGGACGUCGUCGUGCUCGACGUCAACGACAACCCGCCGUUGUUCCAGAAGCCCUCGUACUCGGCCGUGCUGGCUGAGAACGCCAUGAUUGGAACCAGCGUCUUGCAGGUGUCCGCUCAGGACCAGGACUCCGACAAGAACUCGGCAGUGAGCUACCAGAUCGUACCGGACCUCAACAACAGCACGGACUACUUCCACAUGGAACGGGACGGCGGCCUGGUGUUCACGGCGCGCCUGGUGGACUACGAGCUGGCGCAGCGCUUCAACUUCAUCGUCAGGGCGACGGACAGCGGCGACCCCGCCCUCAGCAGCGACGUCAGCGUGGCGGUGGCGGUCUCCGACACCAACGACAACCCGCCCAACUUCGGCCAGUCGCUCUACGAGGCGUUCGUCAGCGAGCUGGCCCCCCGGGGACACUUUGUGACCUGCGUCCAGGCCUCGGACGCCGACAUGGGCGACGCCCAGAAGCUGAGGUACAGCAUCCUGUCCGGGAACGAGAGGAUGGCGUUCAGCAUGGAGGCGGAGUCUGGCGUGCUGCGUUUGUCUAACAAGAGACGACAAGGCAUGAAGCUCUUCCAUCAGCUCAACGUCUCCGUGUCAGACGGCGUCUUCACCAACACGGCGCAGGUAGUGGUCCGUGUCCUGGGAGCCAACCUCUACAGUCCGGUCUUCAGCCAGAGGUUCUACUUGGCAGAGGUCCGCGAGAACGCCCCGCCGAGGUCAAAGGUCAUCCAGGUCCGAGCCACGGACGAGGACUCGGGGCUGUUCGGCCAGAUCACGUACUCCUUUGUCAACGACUUUGGGAAAAGUCGCUUCGUGGUCGACGCCGACGGUCUCAUUUCCACUGCCCUGAAACUGGACCGGGAGGACCCUGAGAACAAGGACAUGGUGCUGACCGUCAUGGCGCUGGACGGUGGAGGACGUGCUUCCUUCUGCACGGUGCGAGUGGUCCUGGCCGACGAGAACGACAACGCGCCUCGGUUCAGGGCGGUGGAGUACCGCAUGAGCGUCAAAGCCAACGCCGGCAAAGGUUCCCUGGUCACACAAAUCCAGGCCAGCGACCCGGAUGGCGGCGCCAACGGGAGGAUCGUCUACUCCCUCUACAGCGAGGCACGCUUGUCCCUGGUGGACGUUCUGGAGGCGAGUGGGCCGGGAGUUAUCUGCGAGCCGGACUUGACGGUCCUGAACACGUGGUCCCCAUUGUGCGUCCAGGUGGAGUCCGACAGCGGCUGGAUGAUGACCAAGAGUACCAUGGACCACCUGCAGGGGACGGUGUUGUCCUUCUUCGUCAAAGCCACAGACUGCGGCUCGCCGGCCAAACACUCGCUGGUGUCGGCUUUCAUCCACGUGGUUCCGCCGGACGCCUACAUCCCGUCUUUCAGCCAGCCGCAGUACUCCUUCACCAUCCCAGAGGACACGGCGGUGGGGACGGCGCUGGGCUCAGUCUACAUGGGCCUCGGGCAGACCGGAUCCUUCGCCGCCGUCGGUGGGGAGACGCCGGACAGCAACCACGGGGGCACCUUCCUGGUGGAGGGCGACACCGGCCUGAUCCGCCUGGUCAAGCCCUUGGACUACGAACAGAUCGGCAUUUACCGCUUCAAAGUGGCCGCCGCCACCAGGAGAGACCUCAUCGAGUCCAUCGCCAGUGUGGACCUGGAGGUCAAGGUCUUGGACGUGAACGACAACAAGCCAGUGUUUGAGACUGAAACCUACGUUGUCACGGUGAUGGAGGGGAUGCCGGUGGGGACCAGAGUGGUCCAAGUGCGGGCCAUAGACCCAGACUGGGGCUCCAACGGCCAAGUCACCUACAGUCUCGGCCCGCUUCUUACCAACAACCGGGACCGGGGUGGAGACCUCCGGACCGCCGGGACCGGCGCCACAGCUUCCGCGUUUGCGGUGGACAGUAAAACGGGCUGGAUCACCACCACCGGCCCCGUGGACCACGAGGCCUGUUCCAGCUACAGUUUCCAGGUGCUGGCCUCUGACCUGGGCGAGACCGGCUCCCAGUCCUCCAGCGCCGUGGUCACCGUCACCGUGUCAGACGUCAACGACAACCCGCCGCACUUCGAGAGGCAGCUGUACCGCGGCGCCGUCAAGGAGAGCGACCCCCUUGGCGAGGUGGUGGCCGUGCUGAAGACCAGGGACGGAGACGGCACGGACCAGAACCGCCUGGUCAACUUAUACAUCACAGGGGGGAACCCGCGGGGCGUCUUCGGCCUGGCGCUGGUGCAGGGCGAGUGGAAGGUGUACGUCGGCGGGCCGCUGGACCGCGAGCGACAGGACUGGUACCUUCUCAACAUCACCGCCAGCGACGGGCUGUACGUGGCGCGCACCGCCGUGGAAGUGACCGUCAUGGACGCCAACGACAACAGUCCCGUCUGCAACCAGGCCGUGUAUACCGCCUCUUUCCCUGAGGACAUCGGUCCGAACAAGGGUGUGCUGACCGUGGGAGCGACAGAUGCUGACUCAGGCUCCAGUGCGGAGAUCCAAUACUCGCUCUUUGGCAUCGGCGUGGAAGACUUCUACAUGGACGCCAACACGGGCGAGCUGCGCACGGCGGCGCCCGUGGACCGCGAGACCAAGCCCGCCUACAAGCUCAUCGCCCAGGCGACGGACGGAGGCGGACUCUUCUGCCGCGCCGACGUCUCCCUCAGGGUCUUGGACGUGAACGACAACCCGCCCUCGUUCCCGUCCUCGCGCUACGCGGCGAGCGUGUACGAGAACGCCGCCCCCAACACCCUCCUCACGCGGCUGCAGGCCAGCGACCCCGACGAAGGCCUCAACCGGACCGUGGUCUACUCCCUGCUGGACUCGGCAGACGGCUUCUUCUCCAUCGACCCGGUUUCCGGCGUGGUGGUCCUGGAGAGGACCCUGGACCGGGAGAGCCAGGACUCCUAUCGGCUGCGAGUACGGGCCAGCGACCAAGCCGGGCUGCAGGGGGCGCUGUUUUCUCAGGUGGACUUGACCGUCCUGGUCUUGGACGUCAACGACAACGCCCCGGUAUUCCAGAGACGGGACUACACCGUGACCGUCCCCGAGGACGUGGCGGUGGGGACCGAGGUCCUCCGAGUGCUGGCGACGAGCGCCGACAUCGGCCCCAACGCCGACAUCGCCUACAGGAUCCGCUCGGGCAACGAGUUGGCCAAGUUCUCCAUCGACCGGAUCCUCGGGUCCAUUUUCGUGACGGACGACUUGGACUUCGAGGUGUGCAAGGACUACUACCUGACGGUGGAGGCCUGGGACGGCGGAAGCCCUCCGCUCAGCGCCGCCACCAUGGUGAGCGUCCAGCUGAUGGACGUCAACGACAACGCCCCGGCUUUCAGUCAGGAGGUCUACAACGUCCUGGUGGGCGAGGACGCGGCGGUGGGACAGUCCAUAACCAAGGUGCUGGCAGAGGACCUGGACAGUCGAGUCAACGGACGCAUCACCUACUCCAUCCUCAAAGGCGACCGCGCUAACCACUUCUGGAUCGACCCGGUGACGGGACUCCUCAAAGUCAAUAAGCGUCUGGACCGAGAACUGGUGUCGCGGUACACCCUGUCCGUGCAAGCCUUCGACAGCGGCUCCCCCGCCAUGUCCUCCAGCGUCAGCGUCAACGUGGACGUGGCCGACAUCAACGACAACGCGCCCGUCUUCACGCCCCCCAACUCCACCGCCGUGGUCCAGCUGAGCCAGCCCCCCGGCAGCGUCCUCCUGCAGCUGUCCGUCAGCGACAAAGACUCCCCCAGGAACGGCCCCCCCUUCCAGUUCCGCCUGCUUGCCGGAAACGAGGGCGGGUUCUUCACUUUGGACCAAACCGGAACGCUCAGGUCCGAUGGCGUCUUCGGGCCCGAGUCCCCGAGGGAGUUCACCCUGGAAGUCCAGGCCCGGGACUCCGGCAGACCUCCUCUGGCGUCGUCCUCCUGGAUCUUCCUGCGCGUGGUCGGCAACAGUCAGUACAAACCCGCCGCCUCGUCCUUGGAGGUCAUGGUCGUCACGGCGACCGGCACCUUCCAGGGCGGCCUGAUCGGUCGCAUCCACGCCACGGACCGGGACGCCAACGACGUGCUGACCUUUACCCAGAAGCCCCAGCCCGGCGCCAUGUUCAGCAUCCACAGACGAGACGGCAGCGUCUCGGCUCUCCCAGGCUUGGAGCCCGGCAGGUACCAGAUGAACGCCACAGUCAGCGACGGACGCUUCGCGGUGGUCGCGGGCGUUUCCGUGCAGGUGGAACAGGUGACCGAGGUUUUGUUGCGCAGCGCGGUCGCCUUGAGGUUCAGGUCCAUGUCCCCCGAGGACCUGCUGGGCCGCCACCUGGGUCAGAUCAAAGCGGCGCUGCGGACGCUGGCGGGCUGGCGAUGGUCGGCGGGGCAACAGGACCCGCUUCACAUCCUGGGCGUGCAGCCGGCGGAGGGCGGGUCCGACGUGGACCUCCUCGUGGCCGUGGAGCGACCCGAGACGGCCGGCGCCGGGCGGAGGGGAGGCUUCUACUCGCCGUCGGAGGUGGCCGCCGAGCUGAAGGAGGCGGCGGCGAGGGGGCAGCUGCGGGGGGUCCUGGCCGGGGCGGCGGCGGUGGGCGGCGCCUGCUCGGGGACGCUGGCGUGCGGGGACAAGACGUGCCAGCAGGUGACGGCCGUGGACGCCGGCUCCACGCUCGCCUACAGCACGGAGAAAGUCAGCUUGGUGGCGCCGCGGUUCAGGCGGGUGGAGACCUGCACCUGUCUUGGUGGGACAUGCUCCGCCCCCGUGGAGCUCUGCCAGGGCCAGUCCUGUCCUGCAGACAUGCGCUGUGUUCGCACCGGACCCACGGCGCCACCUGUCUGCCAGUGUCUGCCUGAGCACCUGGACCAGUGUGCAGGCCAAAGCUCGCUGAGUUUCUCGGGCAGCAGCUACGUGAAGUACAAAGUGACGGAGGGCGACCAGAGCGGCGAGAUGAGGCUGAGCCUGAGGGUCCGCACGCUGCAGCCCAGGGGGGUCAUCAUGUUCGCCAGGGUCAACCCCUGCACCAUGUUGAAGAUCGAAGGAGGGCGCCUGUGGUUCCAGCUGGACUGCGACAACACGCUCGGCAUCAUGGGGAUCUCCGGCCGGCAGGUCGACGACGGCCUCUGGCACGCCGUGGCCUUGGAGCUGACGCGGAACUACACCCUCCUCUCGCUGGACGACAGCUACGUGGAGCGGCGGCGGGCGGCCACGGCGCCGGCCCGACUCUGGCCCGUGGCGCCGGAGUCCUCCUUCUUCUUCGGGGCGCAGGUGAGGCCCCAGACCGGCGAGGCGGCGCCCGGGGUCCAAGAUGGCUUCCAGGGCUGCCUGAGCUCGCUGACGCUCAACGGCAGGGAGCUUCCUCUCCAGAACAAACGCAGCCGCUACGCUCAGAUCGCCGGGCUGAGCCAGGUCAAGGCGGGCUGCGUCCUCCACCCGGACCCCUGCGUCACCACACCCUGCCUCAACGGGGGCGUGUGCGGCGGUCUGCCCAACGGAGCUUUCACCUGCACCUGCGGCGCCGGCUUCACCGGGGGGCGCUGUGAGCUCCGAGUGACGCCCUGCAGCCCCGGUCCUUGUCAGAACGGGGGCGAGUGCCAGGCCGUGGGCGGCGGCUUCGUCUGCAGCUGUCCACCCGGACUCGGGGGGCUCAGGUGUGACCAGGACGUGGACGAGUGUGAGCGGGCCGAGUGUCGCAACAACGGCGAAUGCGUCAACACGCCGGGGUCUUUCUACUGCAACUGCACGUCUGGAUAUGAGGGGCGGCUCUGCGGCGCCAACCAUGAUGAUGAUGAUGAUGCAGGCGGCGACACGCAGGCGGAGCCUCUGUCCUACGUCGGGCCCGGCGAAAUCAUCGGCAUUGGCGUCCUCGCCUUCGUCAUCCUCCUCCUCCUCGUUCUCUUCCUCAUCUUCAGGAAAAAGAUCCAGUUCCGGAAGGAUUCGGCGGCGGGGGGGGAGGGGCCCUCGGGGGGCGCGGCGGGCGUGUCGGCCAUCACGGAGACCAGCUACAUGCUGCGCAAGACGGGCAUGGGCGCCGAGGGCAUCGAGUUCAAGGCGGUGCGCGUGUCGGGGUCGCCCGGGCAAACGGGCGGCGACGGCGUGACGGGACCCCCGCAGGUGACGGUGCGGCCCAACGCCCACCAGAGCACAGACGGGGACGACGGCGCCUGCGGCGAAGGCAGUCGGCUGAGCUUCCUCGCCGACAUGAGGGCCAACAGGAGGGGCGUGGCCGUGUGCAGCGUGGCCCCCAACCUGCCCCCUACUGGCCGCCCCCAGCACAGCCCCGCCCACAAGGUGUCCUGGGAGGGCGGGGCUGCCGAGAGGAGGCGGGACAACGACUGGGGGCACCGGGCCUUCGAGAUGGAGAGGCCGGACGGGGGCCACGGCGCUCCGCAGGGUGAGCCGACACACCUAGAAAGCGACGCGAUCGGUCUGUCGUCGGACUCGGCGUCGGAGGAUCUCAGCUCGUACACCUCAGAGUCCUUUGACGAUAACGGUACGUAAACAGAGGAACCGCCAUUUACGAACUCAAUCGGUUCUUGAGCAGGGUUCGUAAAUAAAAAGCUUGUAUGGUUAAGCACAUUUCCUCAUUAGAAACAAUAUGAAUAAUUGGUUUCAGCCUUGCCAAAAGUCCAUGUUUUAGUGAUGGCUU